GACCGCGCAGACGCUGUGGCGCGAUUUUGGCCGUGAGGAAAUAUGGCGGCUUCGACGUUUACUGGGAGGUUGUACUCUUUGCUAUUCCGCAGAACCUCCACCUUCGCCCUCACCAUCGCCGUGGGCGCCCUGUUCUUCGAACGCGCCUUCGAUCAAGGCGCGGAUGCGAUCUACGAGCACAUCAACCAGGGGAAGCUGUGGAAACACAUUAAGCACAAGUAUGAGAACCAGUAGUUCCUUGGAGACCCCCAUCAAAGCCAGAAGGACCAGAUCCACCACCAUCCGUUUGCCCAGAGCCAGGGCCUCAGCUUGAAGAUGAUCCUUACGUCUCUCUCCACAGACCACCUUUAGCUGUUGGCAAGAAAUAGCUUCACCUGACAGACUCUUUAACUUCUGCUCUGUUUGAAGUAUGUUUAGUCAUAGCCAUCAGCAAAUAAAUGUAAAUUAUUCUUGAGA